GGUAAGCACCUCCUGGCGAUCUAUGUGCAAAGUGCAAUUUCAAAAUGGCGGCCAUCAGGUAAAUUUCGACGGACUCUUCGUUGUGAGCUCAGUUUGCUUACAAAGUCAGCGCACAACAUCAACAACAGAAGGCUCGCAGCUACUUCUCGGUAACCGUAACAUACCAGAGACAAGUAUGACCAGUAUUUUACGGCACGUUUCGUCGUGAUAUCGUCCAUUCAGAGGCGUAAACAUGUACUCGGAGUGGGCGUCCCUUCACAGCUCUGUGCUGAGCGAUGCCGGGAGCGCCAGCGUCCUGCACACCUUCCCCGAGGGGGUGGGGAGGGACGUGGCGUGCUCCGUGGUGCGGCACCUGUCCCACGGGCUCAGCCACGGCGGUGGGGAGGACGGACAGAAGCUGGACAGCGAGCAGCAGGUCAACUGGACCAUGGAGGUUCUGUGCUAUGGCCUGACACUGCCCCUGACUGACCACGACACCAUACGGGACUGUGUCAAUGUGUACAGUGAUUGGUUGACUGUGCUGACCACGCCCAAAAACUCUGUGCCCAGGCCUAUCCUGGAGGAGCCCAACAAAUAUGCACAGAGGAUGUUCAAACACCUGCACAACCUCUUCCUGCCAAGAUCAGAAGGAGGUAAUGUUGACAAGCAGGCCCUGAUGUGCCACAGGAUCCUCCGGACCUCACAGAACAUCGCCAAGGAGUCUCCCAUCAUGACACAGCAGACAUGGGAGGGGCUGUUACUGUUCCUACUGGGCGUCAACGAUACACUGUUGGCUCCACCCACUGCACAAGGCAGUAUAGCAGACCAGCUGUGUGACCGGCUGGUGAGUGUGUUGUUUGAGAUCUGGCUGGUGGCCUGUGCCCGGUGUUUCCCCUCCCCGCCCCUGUGGAAGACCCUGCGGGAGAUGUGCAUCACCUGGAGGCACCACGCUGCCAUGGUUGACCAGUGGAACAGGUUCAACAUACUCCUCACCUCCAAGGUGCUGAGGAUCAUGUACGGACCUGACUUUCCAGAACUCAAGAUAGCUGAAGAGGACAUGACCAUGGUACCAGCAGAUAUGGAGAGUGAGUGCGUGGUGCAGACGUGGUUCCGCUUCCUCCACGUGCUGGGCAACCCCGUGGACCUGUCCAACCCCAACCUCAUCAGCCAGACGCCGCGCUUCGUCCACAUGGCCAUGAUCAGUGACGUGGUGAUCGACCCCUCCCACCACCCCUGUCUGAAGAGGCUGCCUGCCAUCUUCCUCAGGGCCAUGAAGGGCGUCUCGGGGCUGGUGGACGCCUUCCUGGGUAUGUCGUCCCCCAGAGAGGUGGAGGAUGUGGACAGUGCCCCCACCACCCCGCAGGUGUUCCGUGGCUCUGCCUCCACCACUCCCCCAGGGUCACGCAAACGCAGCUUCAUACCGUCCAUAUCAGGAAAGGACAAGGCUGAGUUCCGUAAGUCUGCCCCCGCCAUCCUGCCCCGCCAGCCCUCGGCCAGCAGCGUGACGCUGUUCAGUAGCGACCUGCAUGCCGUGCCGUCCCCCUGCAGGCCAAAGGUCAACAGCGUGCUGCACCUGUUCGGGGCGUGGCUGUUUGAUGCGGGGUUGGCGGGCUGCGAGCUGGAGCCGACUCACAAGAGACAAGGCAGCUUCUCAAGUAUGGGGUCCAGAAGGUCCAGUGCUGCGUUUCCCAGCAGUUCCCAGGACAUGGCGGCCGCUGUGGACUCGCCCGAGUAUCCAGAGAGUUACGAGUCUGGGCGCGCCGAGGCCUGCGGCACACUGUGCAGAAUCUUCUGCUGUAAGAGAUCUGGGGAGGAGAUCCUACCCGCGUAUCUGUCCAGGUUCUACCUGGUGCUCGCACAGGGGCUGCAGGUCGGCAGGUACUGUAGCCGUGAGGUGAUGGCGAAAAUCGUGGUGAACUGUACGGACCUCCUGCGGAGUGACCUGAAGGGGGUGGACGUGCUGCUGCCCCGCAUCGUGGACGCGCUGGAGAUCAUCCUCCCCGACAGGGAGCUCAUCAAGUUCCGCCCGUACGUGAACCAGAUCGAACUGCGCCGCUCGGCCAUUCAGCUGCUCCUGUCCAUCCUGUGUCUCCCUCUGCACUUCAGGGAUCUGCAGAUACAAGACAUUCUGAGGAGUCAUGAGACAGAAGAGCAGCCUGAGCACCACACCUUCCUCUCCCUGAAACUGAGGAUGGUGAAUCUGCUGAUAGGUUCACUCCAGUGUGAGCAGGACUCUGACAACACACAGAUGAUCCUAGGAGGGAUGCUGCUGUGUGUGCAGGACGCUGCCUUGCUGGAUGAGGCAGAACUGCAGGCCGAGCAGGCUGAACUUGAGCAGCAAAAUGAGGAAAGUGAAAAUACAGAGAAGGCAGCAGAUCAAGAACAAAAAGGCACUGCAGAUGCACCCGACCACGAAACACCUGCUAGUAAACUAGCCCAGGGACUGUACAGUGAAUAUGACUCCGCGUACGGCCUGUUUGUGCGCUGUAUCCACCUGGUGUGUCAGCGCCUGAUGUCAGCGUGGAAGACGGACCUCAACGUCAGCCUGGCUGCCCUGGAGCUGCUUUCUGGACUGGCCAAGGUCAAGAUUGACAUUCAGGAUGUGCUGGAGUGUAAGCGUGCAGUGAAGUGGAUCUGUGACUAUAUCGGGUACCAGUGCAGCCGCCCGCCCCCUAACCACUCCCGAGACCUCCACUCCAUGAUCGUGGCAGCCUUCCACUGUCUGACAGUGUGGCUGGUGGAGCAUGCCGACCUCAUGAAUGACAAGGAGUGUCUGCAGCAUGUUCUGGAGACUGUUGAACUGGGCAUAUCAGGCAGCAAGUCAAAGGUGAAAGCCAGUGACCAGCCCAAGUACAAGGGAGACAAAGAGCUGAAGCCUGCCUCCAUGAGGGUGAAGGACACAGCGGAGGCCACGCUGUAUGUGGUCAUGAGCCAAGUGGGUUCGUUCCCGCCCACCUCUGGCCCAGCCUCCCUGUGCACCCUGCUGAAUGAGGAGGCCAUCAUGAAGUACGCCCGCGGCAGCAGCAGUGAGGGAUCCCUCCCCUUCAGGUACUUUGUCAUCGACAAGAACAUCAUCAUGGGAGUCCUGGAGCAGCCACUGGGCAACGAGCAAGACCCCAUGCCCACUGUAACAGUGUUGAUCAGGACUCCCUACGGCAGACAUGCCUGGACCAUGCAGCACAGGCAACUCUCACGGCAGGACAGGCUGGGUUCCCGGUCUGCCCUGAAUGACCCCGGUCGGCCUGUGCCCAUGUCUGACGUGGGGAUCCACCAUGAUGUCACCCACAGGAACUUCCCAGAGGAGGUGGACAGAGUACCGCCCACCAAGGCGGACUUGAGUAUCCCCACCCUGGGGCAGAUCACCGGAGAGAAGCUGCAGCAGGAGCUGGACAAGCUCCGGGGGCUCAUGGACGUACAGGUCCAGUACGAGGCCGCCAUCAACGGUCUGACGGAGAAGAGGAUCGCCUCCACAACGUUCCCCAACUCCGACACGGAGUGCAAGCCUCCAAGAAUUGUACAAGAGUUCCACCCAUCCCGGCUGUUCCUGUCCCAGCUGGGCUUCCUGUCACUGGAUGGGCUCAAGAGUGCCCCCAACAGCCCUCUGCCAGCCCUGAUAGCUCUGGACUCCAAAGCGACGACCUUUCACCUGGACCUGGAGCUGCUGGACAGCAUCCCUGUCCGCUCCUUCGACACAGUGUUUGUUUUCUACGUCAAGUGUGGGCAGAAGACAGCAACAGACAUCCUCAACAAUGUGGAGGCAGCGGAGAAUGUUCAGCCUCAGUUCCUGGAGUUCCUGCGCUCGCUGGGCUGGCCGGUGGAGGUGGGGAGGCAUCCCGGCUGGACCGGACACGUCAGCACCAGCUGGAAACUGGCACAAGACGACGAUGUCUUUGAUGUUGCUGACGGGACCGGAGGCAGCCUUUUCAACGGGGACAAGCAAGUUUUGUAUUACGGGGACAUCAGCUCAGAGGUGGCCUUUGUAGUGCCCUCUGGCAGCAGGCAGGGGAACUGCAGGGACCAGCUGCCAGACAAACAGGCUGUUGAUAGGACGAGCACACAGGGUGACGCCAUGGCAACGGGCGCCGGCCCCUCCCGUAACCUGACCCUGGAGCUGGCGGGUGUGGACCCGUCCCCGGGGGCGGUGGGACCCAGCCCGGACACCCCCACCGCCCAGAGCAGGAAGAGACAGCUGCCCUCCCGCGCCAACAUGCACGUCGGACCCGACACCAAGGUCCUCGUCAUCUGGGUCGAGAGCUACGAUGACAUCGAAGACUUUCCUCUUGAGGACCUGUUGUCGGAGUGUGCGACGGGGAUGGACUAUGCCAGCAGCACCAGCUCCCUGGGCAGCCGGCCGGGGAUGGAGGCCUUCGUGAUCUUCAUCCACCCCCUGAAGACUGGACUGUUCCGGGUCAACAUGCACGGCCCUGCUGGCAGGGUGAGCAAGGCCAUCCCACUGGUGGAUGGGAUGGUGGUGAGUAGACGAGCCCUCGGAUCGCUGGUCAGACAGACGGCCAUCAACAUUUGUCACAGGAGGCGCCUGCAUGCGGAUACGUACCAGCCUCCUCACAUCCGCAGGAAGAUUAAGAUACAGGAGGUUGUCACCAAGUACCGCUGCCAGAUGUCGGAACCAGAGUUCUACACAGCACUCUUUCACGACAUGUGACCAAAAAAAGGCAACAAAAAAAUCUUUCAAACCUGCAGUGCAAUCAAAUUUACUUUCAUCUACCAGAACAGACGUAAGAGGGACCAGGAUUUUCUUUAAUGUCCGUAGCUUCCAUUCAUACAUGUACCUGUAGAUGGGAUGUUCCAGUGAAUGUAAAGUACAUCAUUGGACAAUUUCUUGAAGAAUUCAAAACAACCUUUAACUUUGCUCUCCUUAGCUACUAUGAUGAGUAAUUUGAAAAUUGAAAUGAAAAUUGCAAUUUUGGAAAGGAUGUGCACAGAACAUUAUGUGAAUGUUACUUAAGCUGCAGUCAAACUAUCUUGAGGUAGCGAUGUAAAUGAAACAUUAGUUUGUAUAUAAUCUGAUAGUUUUAAGAAUCUAACAAUAAUGCCAAAUGGAAGCAUGUAAGUGGCUGUUGCUAAAAUGUGUAUCAAUUUCAUCUCCCAGUCAUCAUGCACUGCCGAAGUAGAGAUGGGACUAUAGAAGGCACUAGGUUGCCCUUCAUUGAUUUCUCCCAUUUUUUGUUAUAGAUGAUUUACAAUCACUGCUGGAAAGUGUGUAGUGUAGCAAAGAUACACACAUGUAAUAUCGUCAGUAUAUUAUGUUAUCAAUAAAAAUACUUG